CCAGUUCAGGAUGCGUUAUAUAAUCAGCGCCUACAUACACAUCUAUACAAUACAUAUCUGUGUCUAUAAUCCCUAAAUCAAUAAUGUUUGUAUAAUAAUUUGAUUCAGUUUUCUGUUUCAGUGAUCUGUGUAUUAAACAUCAUCUUAUUGACUAAACUUCUGUAUUUUGUAUGUAAAAUCAGAUUUAUACAGCAGAAUUGUAAACCCCUGAUUGUUUUUUUCUCCUCCUUUUGUUGAGUUAAAACCCUAAUUUUUGUUAAAGAUCAAAUUUUUGAUUGUCUUAUCUGAUUUAUUCGUACAUUAUUUAUAUAUAAGUUAUAGUUUCAGUUGAUUUGGUUAAUUAAUCAAAAAUGGUGGAUCAAGAAGAGGAGGAUUUGAAGAUGGCGUUGAGGAUGAGCAUGCAAACGGAGCCGCCGGAGCCGAAGAGGAGUAAGCCGGGGGAGAAUACUUCGGCCGGCGGUGGGGAGGAGUCGGUGGAGUCGCAGGAGAUGAGGAAUCGACGGAUGAAGCGGGAGUUAAUGGCCGGGGCAGCGGAGAAGCGGAUGAUGGCAGCGAAGAAUGCUGCUAACGCGGCGGCACCUAUGCCGGCGACUGUGCCAGUGGCAAAGGUGGAGAAGAGCGGUGGGGAGGAGAGAAGGUGUGGUGGUGGAGUUGCGGCGGAGGGGGUGAGUAAGGAGAAAAAUAUCGCCCUGUUGAAAUGUGAGAAUAGAAUGGGGAAUUUGGGGAAAGAGCUAUCGUUGAUGGAGGCUCAACAGUUGUUUUUGAUGAUUUUUGGAGGAGGUGUCACAAAAGAUAUACUUGCGCAGUGGAGUAACCAGGGCAUUAGGUUUAGUCCUGAUCCAGAGACAUCUAUGGGCUUAGUUCAGCAUGAGGGUGGUCCCUGUGGUGUCUUAGCAACCAUACAAGCUUUUGUCCUCAAAUAUCUUCUUUUCCAUCUAGAAGAUUCAGGUGAUUCUGCACCAGGCAUGGCCAGAAUUACAGAUCCAAGAUCCUCCAAAAGUGAAUGCAUUGCAGCAGAUAUUUUUUCUUCCCUUUCAGAAGACAGAAAAUCCAGAGCUUUGGUGAGAAGCAUGUGUGAAAUACUCUUUCUCUGUGGAAAUAACGAAACAGCUGUAAUAGCGUCCAUUGGUGUUCUUCAUGGUGAUGAAGACAGUUCAAAGGAUGAAGUCAUCUUAAAAGUACUAGAAGGAUUUGCAAUUGAAUCAGGGCUUGACUUGCAGAAGGCCCUGAGAGUGGAAACUUAUACUUCAAGGACUAGUGCAGUACAAAGACUUGAAGCAAUGCUUCCCAUUUUCAGAAGUCGUAUGGGAGCAAUCCUGUUCUUAAUAUCUGCUCUGCUGUCUCGUGGACUGGAUUCAGUUCAAGCAGACAGGGAUGAUCCUAGUCAACCACUGGUCACUGCUCCAUUUGGGCAUGCCUCACAGGAAAUUGUGAACCUCCUGCUUUCUGGGAGGGCUGUUGCAAAUGUGUUUGAUGGAAGGGUGGACCUUGGCAGUGGCAUGCUUGUCAAAGGCAUUUCAUCCACUGUAGAUGUUGGAUUUCUAACUUUGCUGGAGUCCCUGAACUUCUGCAAAGUUGGUCAGUAUUUAAAGUGCCCAAAGUGGCCAAUAUGGGUUGUGGGCAGUGAAUCUCAUUAUACAGUUCUAUUUGCCCUUGAUACCAAGGUUCAGGAGGAAAAUGAAUUUGAAAGCAGAGAAACAAGGAUCAGGAGGGCUUUUGAUGCCCAAGAUCAGAGUGGAGGUGGUGGGUUCAUUAGUGUUGAGGGUUUUCAUCAAGUUCUGAGAGAUACAGGCAUUAACCUUCCUGCUGAGAAGGUGGAGCACCUUUGUAAUACAGGUUUUAUUGUAUGGAGUGAAUUCUGGCAAGUUCUUUUGGAUUUGGAUAAGAGUUUAGGAGGUUUGAAGGAUUCAACUGGGAUGAUGGGCAAGAAGGUAUUUGAUCUGUAUCAUUUCAACGGAAUUGCAAAAUCAGUCCCCAAUGGAAGCCAGGCAGCUUCCGGAAAUGAAAUCCCAAUACAAAGACCGAGACUAACCAAAUUGCGGGUUUCAGUGCCUCCAAGGUGGACGCCUGAGGAGUUCAUGGCAGAUGUAGCAGUGUCCUCCAGUUCAGGAAUCAAUGAGCCUACUAGAAAGGAGGCUGCUGCUGAGGCGUCCAAACCGGAACCCUCUCAGCAUGCACCUUUGGUCGACUGCAUUAGAACGCGAUGGCCUCGUGCUACUUGCAACUGGGAUGGGGAUGCACCUAGUAUUGUUUGAUUGGUCACCUACUUAUCUCCUUGCUGUUCAUUCGCCUUGCCGGGGAUGGAGGUCCAGACUCCAGAGUCUAAUAGUCGUCAGAAGUGAUCAUGCAGCAUCAAAAGCGACAGCUCACUUCAAUUCCGCGCUGGAGAUUUCUGAUGAAAUAGAGGAUGUUCAAAGCUGCAGCAUUUUUAAAGAAAAAAUGCAAGACUGUUUUGUAGUAUAUGAUUGUAAUUUUUUUUUUUUUUUUGACAUUCUAAUGUAAUUUGGAGCUCUUUUUUUUUCUACUCUGAAGGGGAGAAAUGAAUUUUUUGGUAUUGGUUGUACCAGCUUCCUGAAUUCAUUUGUAUUCAAAACUUCUUAGCCAUUGAUUGAUUAGAGAGUCCUUAUUAUGGGGAUGGCCUUAAUAACUGUCGAGUAGGUGAUGCCUUGUGUUGUAACUAACUAUAGAGACUACCCUCAUCUCUUCUAUCGAUAUGUACCCAUUUUCAGGCU